UAAGUGUGUUUUCAACGUGUGCGCUUGAACGUCGAAGUUUUGUAUAAACUAUAAGCUAAAUUUGAUUUUCAAAAGGGCUUCAGUUCAUAAUAUAUGUAUAUUAUUUCGAAUACGUGAAAUUUUCAAAAAUACACGGAUGUAUCCGCUCUGUUCGUGACCUAUGCGAAACUUGUAAAUCAAAAACCCGCCAAAUUUUAAAUAAUUAAAGUGUUGGCAUCAACAUGAGAUAGUUCGUCAGCGCUUAAUUUUAGUAUUCGCCAAGCGACCACAUCGGCUCAAAAUAUUCUGACCUUAUAAUUAAAAAUGGACUUUAUUGCUGGUCUUUUCGGAGGUGCAGCGGGAGUUCUCGUUGGCCACCCGUUUGACACAGUUAAAGUGCACUUACAGACUGAUAAUCCGAAUAAUCCGAAAUAUAGGGGAACAUUUCAUUGCAUGAAAUCAAUAUUAUUGUCCGAUAAUAUUCGUGGUUUAUACCGUGGUAUUUCGAGUCCAAUGAUGGGAAUCGGUUUAGUUAAUGCAAUUGUGUUUGGCGUUUACGGCAACGUGCAGCGAUUAUCGGAUAAUCCGAACUCACUAGCCUCACACUUUUGGGCUGGUGCUGCCGGUGGACUUGUGCAAAGUAUCGUAUGUGCACCAAUGGAAUUGGCAAAAACACGACUUCAACUUGCAAAUCAUAUCGAUAGUUCACACAAAUUCAAAGGACCGAUUGAUUGUCUUAUGUACAUAUAUCGAACAGAAGGUAUUAGAGGUUGUUUCAAAGGAUUCACAGCAACAAUACUUCGGGAUAUACCAGGCUUCUCUAGUUAUUUUGUCUCCUAUGAGUUUCUAAUGCAAUGCAAUCAAACACCAGGUGUAUUCUAUACGCUGAUGGCAGGAGGAUUUGCUGGAGUUGCUUCUUGGCUAGCGUGUUAUCCCGUCGAUGUGAUCAAGACCCAUUUGCAAGCCGAUGCUCUUGGCAAACAUGCAAAAUAUAAUGGAUUUGUUGAUUGUGCGGUGAAAAGUUAUGAACGUGAGGGUUAUAUGUUCUUCUUCCGUGGUUUGAAUUCGACAUUAAUUCGCGCGUUUCCAAUGAACGCGGCGUGCUUUUUUGUUGUUUCAUGGAUAUUAGAUUUUUGUAAGCGAAAUGGGAUUGAUAUGAUCGAUAAUUCCAAUCAAUCGUUCAAUGUUGUUAAUUUGGAAAAUUGGAGUCCAUCAUAUUUAGAUAGCGAUAUUCAAUCAGAUGAUAAAUUAGUGCGAAAAUUAAUUUCGGACCGAGUAGUGGAGUUACAAUUGUUGCGAGAGUCACCAUAUGAAACGCUGAAUGGAGAUAUUAGUGAUUAUUACCAUCGGGAUCACAUAUACGAAACAAAAGUCAAUCAAAUUGAAAGUUCACAAUUUAAUAUUAAUGGCGAUUCAAAACGAUUAUAAUUUUUGUACACUGCAAAAUAAAUUUUUGAUUUUAUCCAA